GUGUCCCUGCCAUGGCAGGGUUUUAGAAAGGGAUCUUAUUCAAGGUCUCUUCCAACACCAAUCAUUCUGCGCUUCUGUGAUUCUGUAUUUCUGGGUGGAAAGAUGAACCUUUGCUAUGAUAAAGCAUGUUUUAACUGAGUGACGUUCCCUUUAAAUGCUGGAGAUUGAAUGUCAAAGACAUGUCUGCUUUUAUGACUUAUUGCCCUUUUCUGGUUCCCUUUUUGAAGGUUUGAAAUGCGGGGCAGACUCCUCAGGCUGGAAGGUACAUUUCUGGUGAAUCCCAAGUCAAGAGGACUGAAAGGGGUUGAGUUGCCAAAAGAGAGCCUGUGGGUCUGGGACUGCUAAUGCCCAGAUCCUGCUGAGGUGACAGGAGGUGUGUUUUUUGUACAAAAUGUGUACUCUUCCUGAUGAAUAUUGUUGCCCAUCUCUGCACCUCUAAACUCUGCUCCUUUGGAUAACUUGGAUUUUGCCAGGAAUGGCACUGCUCAGUAAUUUGUUCUGUAGGAUGUUGAGCCUUGCUCUCCCUGGCCCAAAUGCAGAAUGCCAGGAGGAAAACUGGCGAGUAGCCAAAGCCUCAGUCUAGAACGUGAGACAAAGGUUCCCAUCCUCUUCCCAUUUACUCAGUGACUUGGGAAGGGCUGCACAGUCCCGGUGUUUUGGCUCUGUAGCUUUGGGAGGUCCAGCAGUACCCACCGAGCCGGGCGCUGCCUUUGCUGCAGCGGAGAAGGGAGAGGGCAGUGCUGAAGUUCCGUGAGUUAAAGGUCAGGCUCUGGCUGGGUGGCAUGGCCCAGGAUGGAAAGGGGACACCAGCUCAGGCAGAAGCACGUGGGAAUCUCUGCUGGCUGUGCAGCAGGACGGGGAAAACCCAUUUAUUAUGUCUGAGGGAGUGGCUCCCUGUGUGUGACGCCGAGUCCUUUGGCCGUGGUCAUGUCCGUAACAACAGCCGGAUGUGGCAAAACCCAAAACCACAAAACAUUGCUGUUUGUCACGGGGAGCCUGGUGCAGAUCCUGGGAGUGCAGCACAGAGCUGUAAGGAUGAACUCACGUGUUUGUUCUCCAGCCUGAACAGGUUUCUAAGGAUCCAUCCCUACAAAUACAGGGAAUAAUGCAAGCAGUGCUCCUGGGGAAACAGUCUGGCUUGAAUGGCUUUGGAAAGUUAUUUGUGUAUGGAAAAAUAUAACCAGGACCUGAAAGUAUCUGCUAAUUUGGAUUAGUUUUCUUCUACACUGCCUUUGCCCUUGAAUUGCCAAUGUUUUCUGAAGGCUUAAAACACCAUUUUAUUUUUUUUUAAAGUACACGCCAAAAGAUCCCAAGAUCCCUGAAUGAAUCUGGUGCUUGGCUACAACCACAUUUUCUUCUUUUUCACCAUUUUGCUCAGAAUAUUGGAAAUGCUGAACAUUAGUGCAGAACUGGUGUCUGGUUUUGUGGCCAGGAUGACGAACUGCGGAGGUGGUUAUUCCUUCCCCACUCUGUGGAUGCUGCAGGAUACAGAUAAGCUGCUUCUCUUGACAGCAGUACUCAUUUAAAGGUUUCUGUGCCAUUGCCUGUCCCAACCCGUGGUGCCUCUGGAUUGUCACCCCCAGAGGAGUAGUGAAGAGUGGCCGUGCUCCUGGAUCAACCUACUCCGAGGCUGACAGAGUCGAUGUUGAGGCAAAAUUACACCGGGAACGCCUGGGCCCAGCUCCUCCUCCCCUGGGACUCAGUCCCCCUGGAGAGCUGUUGCCACCAGAGGCACUCCAUUGUCCCUGCUCUGGCCAGGCCAGCAGUGGUGACAGCAGCUGUCCCUGUUUGCCGGGGUACUGAUUCCCCACAGAGUCACAGGGGGAGGAUCUGGUGAGCUCCAGUUCCCUUCCAGGGAGGGUGUGUGACUGUGCCCUCAAAGGGCAGAAGUUGCUCUCAGUGUUGUCAAAUAAUGAGUCAUUUCUGAUGGAGUUUGAGGGCGCAGGCGGCGCCAGCGCAGGGACCGCCCGGGCACUGCAUCACAGCCCCAGAGCAGAGAAAUCAGGAACUCGGGCCCGGCUCUGCCUGGGAGCUGCUCUUGGACGCAGUGCUCGGCUCUGUGCAGGGCAGAGACUCCCAGGAGCUCAGGGAUCCAAGUCCAGGCCCAGCUGUGAGCUUCUCUGACAUCGCCGGCCCCGGCCCCACAUGGGCAGCGCGGAGAGGUGGCAGCAGGAGAGGACAGGGAGUCCCUGAUGCGCUGACGGUUGGCCAUGUCUGGGAAGCACUGGCCCCCCGGGACGCAGUGUGUCACCAAGCAUGACCACAGCAAGCCCAAGCCCCGGGAGCUGGCCUUCCGCAAGGGGGACAUGGUCACCAUCAUCGAGGCCGUGGAGGGCAAAGGCUGGUACCGCGCCAGGCACAACGAGACGGGGCAGGAGGGGCUGCUGGCAGCCAGCGCACUGCGGGAGCGCGGCGCCAUCCGCGCCGACCCCAAACUCAGCCUGAUGCCCUGGUUCCACGGGAAGAUCUCAGGGAUGGAGGCGGUGCAGGAGCUGCAGCCCCCCGAGGACGGGCUGUUCCUGGUGCGUGAGUCUGUCCGGCACCCCGGUGACUACGUGCUGUGUGUGAGCUUUGGCAAGGAGGUGAUCCACUACCGCGUGGUGCACGAGGAGAACACGCUCAGCAUCGACAGCCAGCAGUACUUCUCCAACCUCAUUGACAUGAUUGAGCAUUACAUGAAGGAGCAGGGAGCCAUCUGCACCAAGCUGGUGAAGCCCAAACCAAAAUCUGGGAUGAAGUCAGCUGAGGAGGAGUUGGCCAAAGCUGGCUGGUUGCUGAACCUGAAGCACCUCACACUGGGAGACCGCAUUGGGCAAGGCGAGUUUGGAGAUGUCCUGCAGGGCGAGUACUUGGGGCAGAGGGUGGCUGUGAAGAACAUCAAGUGUGAUGUGACUGCCCAGGCCUUCCUUGCUGAAACAGCUGCCAUGACGAAGGUCCGGCACAAAAACCUGGUGUGUUUGCUGGGAGUGAUCCUGCACAAUGGCCUCUACAUUGUCAUGGAGUUCAUGAGCAAGGGCAACCUGGUGAACUUCCUGCGCACGCGGGGCCGGGCGCUCGUCCCGACCCAGCAACUCCUCCUGUUUGCUCUGGAUGUGGCUCAAGGCAUGGACUACCUUGAGUCCAAGAAGUUGGUGCACCGGGACCUGGCUGCCCGCAACAUCCUCAUCUCCGAGGAGAACGUGGCCAAAGUGAGCGACUUCGGCUUGGCCCGGGUCAACCCCAAGGGUGCAGAUGCCACAUUGCUUCCUGUGAAGUGGACGGCACCAGAGGCCCUGAAACACAAUAAAUUCUCCUCCAAGUCAGACGUGUGGAGCUACGGGAUCCUCCUGUGGGAAACCUUUUCCUUUGGACGGGCACCCUACCCUAAGCUGGCCCUGAAGGAGGUGACGGAGCUGCUGGAGCAGGGGUACCGCAUGGACCCCCCCGAGGGCUGCCCACCCACCAUCUAUGCCCUGAUGAAGAGCUGCUGGGAGCUGGAGCCAGGCAAGCGCCCAUCCUUCAAGAAACUCACAGAGAAGCUGCAGAAGGAGCUGAAGCACCUGAGGGACAUUUAACCCCCAUCCUGCUACCAGGACACAGGACCUGAAGUCCCUAGACCCUCCAGCGUUGGGAGUGGCAGCAGGGGGCAGGAACAGGAAGGGCUGUGGUGCUGCUCUCUCCCUGUGGAGAUGGAGCAGCAGCCUCCCUCCAUCUCAGCAUGGUCCUUCUACCCACCACACAGCCCAGAGAAGGUUGCCAUGGGAUUGAUGUCCCCUGGCCCACCAGAGUGGGGAGCACAGACCCCAAGGGAGCCAAGCCCACACCCCCUGUGCUCAGCCCCAGGAGCAGAUGCUGCGUGUGGGGUCCCUUCAAGCUGUGACUCCCAGUGAUGGGAGACAGGACUGGACAUCUCCACUCACUGGAGGAUGAGACCCCACCCUGACUCAGCCCUGCCCCAGUGCCCAGCCCCACACGGGGAUGCUGGCACAGCCAGCUAAACCACAUGGAUUUGGGCUUUUUGAUUAAACCAAAGAAAUUCGUUCAACAGCA